GGUCUGUGCAGAUUCCCGUCAAGCCUGUCAAGUGUCAAAUUGAUUAAUGAUUUUAUUUUUCCAUAAUAUUACUGUAUUUUCGAUUAAAGAUAAAAAUUCGUAUUUCAAUGGUUUUAUUCAUUUUUUACAUUUAAAAAUUAUUAUUGAAUAGUGUAAAAUUUAGUUACAUACGGUUAGUCGUGUACAUAUGUAUUUUUUCUUUGACUAUUAAUUUAGCUGUAAAUCAAUGUUUAAUGGAAAUAUAACGUGGUGAAAUGUCUUUGUACGACGAUCUUGAUACGAUAAAGGCUCGCACAACAGAGAAAGUAGCAGGAUGGUCUUCAGGAAUCAAACUUUUACAGUCACAGUUGCAACUGAAGAAAGCGGCUGUAACUCAACCUAAAAGGGAAGCACUGCGAAGAUCUAACCAGGUGUUGACGCCUGUAAUAGAUUUAAAAAGUAAGCAAAAAGAUGAAGAUGAACCUAAUUCGGAUAGUCCAAAAAUACAACCAAAUACACUGACAGCUUCAUUGAACGUACGUGACUUCGAUUGGAAUGUUGCUAAUGAAUAUGAUCCUAUGUGGCCUAAUGAUUAUGAAAAAGUUGCCAAAGAAAUGCAAGCUAAAAGACUAAACCUUGAUGGCAAUGAGAGAAAUGACAGGGCAGAUAGAAAACGUAAAUCCAGAUUUGGUGAUGAAGAAGAUGUAACUCCAGAAAAAACUCUUGUACCAAUGCAACCAGAGGAAGAAGAAGCAGAAGAGAUAUCAAAACGUGCAACUGGUGUUGCUAUAGCACCCCCUCCAUCAUUAACCAUGGAGUCAUUAUCACCACCUCCACCAGCUGUGCCGGCAGCAAGCCCUAGUCCAGGCUUCUCUAUUGGUGGAUAUGGGGCCAGUUCUGUAGCUGCAAAGAUUAUGGCAAAAUAUGGUUUUAAGGAAGGUCAAGGCUUGGGUAAAAAGGAACAGGGAAUGUCAGUAGCACUGCAAGUGGAGAAAACUUCAAAGCGUGGUGGGCGCAUCAUACACGAAAAGGAUAGUACUGUAAUGCCACCACCAGGGUUUGCUAUGCCUGUGCUUCCUGGAUCAGAUUCACCAAAUGCAUCAAAUUCACCUCAAGCUUCUAAGCAAGAACCUUCAAUUACCGAAAUAAUGAAAUCGCCCAGCAAAGUAGUUUUAUUGAGGAACAUGGUGGGUCCAGGCGAUGUUGAUGAAGAACUUGAACCUGAAGUAAAAGAUGAAUGCAACACAAAAUAUGGUGAUGUUAUAAAGGUCUUGAUAUUUGAAUUACCAAAUGUUCCACACGAUGAAGCUGUCAGAAUAUUUGUUGAGUUCAAACGGAUUGAAAGUGCUAUAAAAGCGGUAGUAGAUUUAAACGGCAGAUUUUUUGGCGGUAGACAAGUCAAAGCAGGCUUUUACGACGUAGAAAAGUUUAGCUCCCUACAGCUGACUGAAUAAAUGAAAUGUUUUAAUGAA